AUGCUGAGCCUCGCCUCCAACUGUAGCCUGCUACGCCACGCCCGAUUCAGCCGCUCCUCUUUUGCUCUGCCGGAGGUCCUAAAAAAGCGUUCCAACCGACGAAUGCACUCCAGUCCUUUUACCUCCUCCUCCUAUCUACGACGAUCUCUGCGCGGUUCCAUGCCGCCGUGGUUGGUGGCCGAUUCCGCUGAGGGGCGACCGCCGAAGGAGGUAGAGGAAAUGCCAAAAUUCUCCAUCGUUGCCGAGGAGAAGGAGGAGGCCGCGUCAAGAGAGAGACUGUUGCCAUCGACUGAUGGACAAACAGCGAGUACUACGGGGGAGACCAGUGGCAGUGUCACUGUGCCCUGCGAUAUUACCAUAUGCGUGGACAAAUGCAUCACACCCAGUGCUAGCAGCCUUUUGGCGUCAAACGAGGCCUCAGAUAGCAUCGAGGUGGUCCUACAACGGUUGGAGUCGCUGUUCUUCCAACAUCACAGACCGAAAUUCUGGGCGCGGUAUGUAGUUGACACCUUCGUCGUCAUCAAACGGGAUCAGGUGCUCACGUUCGAAGAACGUCUCGACAGCUGUCGAAAUACAAUGCCUUAG